AUGAAUUUUACACAGAAAUGCUUUCUAAUUGGCACGUUAUUAAUAGGAGUUGCUAUUAUUGUAGCCGUUUCGCUUGCAUUACCGAAGCAAGAUAUUAACCAGGGAAGUCAACCUGUUUGGGGCUAUCAGUGCGUGAACGAUCGAUGCGUUAAAACGGCAAUAUCAGAAUCGUCCUUUCCAGCCGAGAAAGCCAUCAGUCUUACAGCAUGUCGUCUGUUCUGCGGUACAGGUGCGGGACUGCUGUGGCCCCAGCCAACCGGCGAAUUACAAGUAGGCACCGAUCUAGCGCACAUCGAUCCGGAUCAGGUGUGGUUCGAGUGGAAUGAAAAUUUCCACAACCUGGUGAGUCUCUGGGAGGCAAACAAGGAACGGUUCCUGAAGCAGUUAAAGGCAAGAUCGCAAGAAAAUACGAUUAAAAGUGGUGGAAAAGCGGUGCGCGUAAAAAUUAACGUGGAAAAUGAUUCACUCACGCUUAAUUACAAAACUGACGAGAGCUACCGGCUAACGGUUGGAGCCGGCACGAAUGGUGAACUGCUGGCUACCAUAACGGCUAAAACAUUUUUCGGAGCAAGACACGGACUGGAAACAUUGGCCCAGUUUGUGUUGUACGAUGAUAUCCGAAACGAGUUGCAGAUGGUAGUAACGGCGACCGUAUCCGAUGCUCCGGCGUAUCCUCAUCGUGGACUGGCGCUCGACACUUCGAGGAAUUUUAUCGAUCUGGAUUCGCUGCGCAGGACGAUCGACGGUAUGGCCAUGGUUAAGCUGAACGUGUUCCACUGGCAUAUAACGGAUACACAAAGCUUCCCGCUAGUCAUUACAUCACGCCCAACCUUACACACCUACGGAGCAUACAAUAGGCGCGAUGUAUACAGGGCAGAAGACGUUCGGCAACUGGUGCAGUAUGCGCUCGAGCGCGGUAUACGUGUUAUACCGGAGCUCGAUGCACCAGCACACGUGGGCGAGGGUUGGGAGAAGCUCGGUGUGACGGCUUGCUUCAACUAUCAACCGUGGGAGAACUACUGCGUUGAGCCACCGUGCGGUCAGCUAGAUCCUACCAAGGACGUUCUGUACGAAAUCCUGGAGGAUGUAUACCGAGAGAUGAACGCUAUGUUUAACCGUUCGGAAAUUUUCCACAUGGGAGGUGAUGAGGUGUCCAUUCGUUGCUGGAACGCUACCACUCACAUACAGGGCUGGAUGAAUGAGCAAGAAUGGGGUUUGCAGGAGGCAGACUUUAUGAAGCUGUGGAAUUAUUUCCAAACGGAGGCGUUGAACCGACUAGACAAAACGCUACCCGCAGGUGAUAAGCGACCGAUCAUCAUGUGGACGAGCAAGCUUACCGAGUCACCCUACCUCGAGCAGUAUUUGAACAAGGAUCGUUACAUCAUACAGGUGUGGACCAUGGGCAACGAUAGCAAGGUGCACAAUCUGUUAGAGAAAGGUUACCGACUGAUCAUGUCGAACUACGACGCACUCUAUCUCGACUGUGGUUUUGCCGGGUGGGUUACGGACGGUAGCAAUUGGUGUGCCCCGUACAUCGGCUGGCAGAAGGUGUACAACAACGAUCUGAUGGCCAUUGGAGGACCUUACGCACAACAGAUACUCGGUGCAGAAGCUGCCCUCUGGACGGAACAAUCGGACAGCCACACGUUGGAUAAUCGUCUUUGGCCCAGGCUAAGUGCUCACGCAGAGCGGGUCUGGAGUAAUCCACGAUCCAGCUGGCAAAUGGCGGAAUCACGCAUGCUCCUGCAUCGCGAAAGAUUGAUCGAAGAGGGAAUUGCUGCAAACAGUAUUCAGCCCAAAUGGUGCCUACAGAAUGAAGGCAACUGUCCGAUUGGUGGCGAUGGUGGACGUUCAUAA